AGCAAACUAUCAAACGGGUUUAGACGGGUUGUAACAUUACACCGGGGGCAAACCUGCGCUAGCCCCGCUCUGUGCCAGCCCCGGGCUCUGCCGCCACCAGCCCCUGAGCCGGAGCCUGCAGCCUGAUUCUAGAUUGUCCCAUCAUUCUGGGGGAUGGAGAAGGGAAAUAUCUGAAGUGGAGCUGGUGACCUUUGAAGAGGUGGCUGUGUAUUUCACUGAGAGAGUGAGCGAACUUCACCGGACCCCAGCCAUAGAGCCCGCUACAGGAUCAUUAUGCAGGAGAAUUAUGAGGUUUUAACCUCACUGGCAGGUGAUGGGACAGUGAGUGAGAAAAAGAAGAAAGAUCCUGAGCAGGUGGGACCACAGGUGACAUUAUCAGGUAGAGCCACAGGGAAAGUUUUCCAGAGUACUGAGCAGGGAGUAGCCCGUCAGAAUCAGCGCAGGCCAGAGGAGCAGCUGGGAAACCAAGCAGGGGAGAUCCAGCGUGGAUCCACUAACAGGAGCAGGGGGUUCAAAGAAACCAAAGAGCCUGUACUACAGAGAAUCGCCUCUGGAGAGGAACUGAAUUUAUGCAGUGACUGUGGGAGAAGCUUCCUUUGGAAAUCAGCCCUUAUUACUCACCAGAGAAUCCACACAGGAGAGAAACCCUAUAAGUGUCUAGACUGUGAGAAAAGUUUCAGCUGCAGCUCACACCUUGUUUCACAUCAGAGAACCCACACGGAGGAGAAACCAUAUAGAUGCUCUGAGUGUGGAAAAAGCUUCAAUCAGCAGUCCAAUCUUCUUAUACAUCAGAGAAUCCACACAGGAGAGCGGCCCUAUAAAUGCCCCAACUGUGGGAAAAGCUUCAGUUACAACUCAGUCCUUAUGACACAUCAGAAAAUGCACACUGGAGAGAAGCCCUAUAAGUGUCUUGACUGUGAGAAAAUAUUUAGCCAGAGCUCAGACCUCACUAAACACCAGAGAACCCAUACGGGGGAGAGACCCUACAAAUGCAAUGAGUGUGGGAAAACCUUUAGUCUGAGCUCCCACCUUAUUUCACAUGAAAAAACCCAUAAGGGAGAGAAACCUUAUAUAUGCCCCAACUGUGGGAAAAGCUUCAGUGACAGCUCAAACCUUAUUAUGCAUCAAAGGAUCCACACAGGAGAGAAGCCCUACAAAUGCCCUGAGUGCAGGAAAAGCUUCGGUCGUCUCUCACACCUUAAUAGACACCAGACAAUCCACACAGGAGAGAGACCCUUUAAAUGCUUGGACUGUGGGAACAGCUUUCGUGACAGCUCAUCCCUCAUCAGGCAUCAGAGAAUCCACACAGAAGAGAAACCCUACACGUGCCACAUCUGUGGAAAAACGUACAGGUCGAGCUCAUCCUUUACUAAACAUUGGAAACUCCACACAGGAGAGAAACGUUAUAAAUGUACCGACUGUGGGAAAAGCUUCAUUCAGAGCUCGCACCUUAUGCAACAUCAGAGAAUCCACACUGGCGAGAAACCCUACAAUUGCAUUGACUGUGGGAAAAGCUUCAGUGACAGUUCGCACCUUAUUAAACACCAGAGAACCCACACAGGACAGAAGCCCUAUAAAUGCCCCGAAUGCGGGAAAAGCUUCUGUGACAGCUCAACGCUCACUAAACACCGGAGAAUCCACACAGGAGAGAAGCCCUACAAAUGCCCUGACUGCAGGAAAAGCUUUGGUCGGAGCUCAGACCUCAUUAUCCACCAAAGAAUCCACACGGGAGAGCGGCCCUAUAAAUGCUGUGACUGUAGGAAAAGCUUCACAGAUCGAUCAACCUUUAUUAAACAUCAGCGAAUCCACACAGGAGAGAAACCAUAUAAGUGCCCCGAGUGUGGGAAAAGCUUCAGUGACAACUCAGCCUUUAUUCGGCAUCAGAGAAUCCACACGGCCAUGUUUACCCUUCAAAACUACAUCAACCUAACGUAUGCCGGCAAACAGACACCGCAGUUGUUAAAUCACUUGUGUUGGCGGUACAUGUCCUCACCUGGAGCGCUUCUGAGCUUCCUGGGUCAUUCGCUGUGCACCGGCAGCAUUGCUGUUGUCGUCUGGCUUGUGAUCUGCUGCUCCCCAGCGGGGUCUGUGCGGGGAGAGACCUGCAUUAACCCCUCUCUGUGCCCAGCCGGGGGGACUUUCUCCGGGGGCUGGAACCGGCCCCUGGGGCAGCCCCGGGCUCUGCCGACAGCAGCUCUGGAGCCUGCAGUGUGUCCAAUUCCCAAACCUAACGUGAUCUCUCAGAUGGAACAAAGGGAAGAGUUGGAGGUGCUGGAUCUCCAGGGCACUGAAGAGAGGGAGAUCCUGAAACACAGCUGCACAGGUGCUCCUCCGGAAGAUCCUGAGCAAGUGGACCCAAACAGGAUGUUUUCAGAAAGAGCCAAAAGAAAUGUUUCCCAGAAUCCUGAGCAGAGUCAGCACAUAUCAGAGAGGGAGCAGGGAAAUCACAAAGUGGGGAGAGAGGAAAAAUCCAGUGACCACCAGGGAGGUUUCAGUGUUCUUAAUGAAACCACGAUUCAGCUGAGAGUCCAAAUGGGGGAAAGAUCCUACGAGUGUGCUGAAUGUGGGAAAGCCUUUAGUUGGAGAUCACACCUUACUGCCCAUGAGAGAAUCCAUACAGGAGAGAAACCCUAUAAAUGUCUGGACUGUGGGAAAAGUUUUAGUCAGAGAUCCCACCUUACUACACAUGAGAGAAUCCACACUGGUGAGAAGCCCUAUAAAUGCCCUGACUGCAAGAAAAACUUCCGUCGCAACUCACAGCUUAUUAAUCAUCUGAAAUCCCAUACAGGACAGAAGCCAUAUAAGUGUCCCGACUCUGGGAAAAGCCUCCGGCGCAUUUCACGCCUUACUGUGCACAGCGGAGAGAUGGCUUAUCAAUGCCCAGACUGCAAGAAAAGCUACAGUCAGAUGUCACACCUCGUUAGACAUCAAAGGUUCCACACAGGAGAGAAACCUUAUAAGUGUCUGGACUGUGGGAAGAGCUUCUGUCAGAGCUCAGACCUUAUUACGCACCAGAGAACCCACACAGGGGAGAAGUCCUACACAUGCUCUGAGUGUGGGAAACAGCUCAAUAGAAUCUCACAUCUUGUUGCACAUCAUCGAUCCCACGCUGGAGAGGCGCCUUACCAAUGCCCAGACUGUGAGAAAAGCUUCAGUCAGAUGUCGCACCUCAUUAGACAUCAGAGGUUCCACAAAGGAGAGAAACCCUACAAGUGCCUGGACUGUGGGAAAAGCUUCUGUCAGAGUUCAGACCUUAUUACGCAUCAGAGAAUCCACACAGGAGAGAAGCCCUAUAAAUGCCCCGAGUGCGGGAAAGGAUUCAGUCGGAGCUCAAACCUUAUUGCCCACCAGAGAACCCACACGGGAGAAAAACUCUAUCAGUGCUCCCACUGUGGGAAGAGCAUGACCCGGAGUUCAAACCUCGUUCGACAUCAGAGAACUCACACCAGGGGAAAACUGUAUAAAAAAAGCCUGGAUCCAGCCUAGCCAUCGUGAAUAAUACACUGGCCUUUUCCCAUUAAUGAUGGUGGUGUUUGGACCCAGUUACUCAAAGGAGGCUCCUAAUUUCUGUUGAAAUCAAUAGAAGUCAGGAGCAUAAAUAGCUUUUGAGAAUCUUGGCUUUGGCUCCAAUGUAUGCCUGGGUUCAGGAGAUAGCAGCAGGGAGGGUGGGAACCAGAAUGGAUUAUUCUGGAGGGCACAGUUGCUUGGGAGUUGUGACACAGAUGAUGAACAUAGGCAUAUCUUCAAAGACCAUUAUACUGAGAUAGACCAUGCACAUGAAUCUGUGGAAUGUUCAUCGUCCUUUGUAUCGAUGCAGCAUGUGUUUUCAUGCGUUCUUCAAAUCUGUAGGGAGUGAUUAAUGCAAAACUCCCAAACCUGGCUAUGUAGAUGUCCAAUCUUUGAAGUCUGACCUCCUAGGCUAUAGGGGGAGUUAUUAAAACUAGUAACUAACUCA